GUGACAAUAUGUGUCAAAAUUAAAAAACAAAAAAAAAAACCCCAAAUCAAAAUGUCAACUUGUUUUGUGGUGUCGUAUUUGUGUAUUUAGAUGUAAUUUUAUUAAAAACUAAUACUAUUGACAAUAUAAUGUUCGACAAUGGCUUCGGUAAAAGUGGCUGUAAGGGUUCGCCCGUUCAAUCAAAGAGAGAAGGACAUGAACGCCAAAUUGAUUGUACAAAUGGAGGGGAAGAAAACAAGAUUACUCACAGUGAAAAAUAGCAAAGAGCAAAAUGACGGUAGCCGAGAGAAGUACAAGGACUUCACUUUCGACCACUCGUACUGGUCGUACGACAGCGAGGACCCGCACUACGCCUCGCAGGAACAGGUGUUCGCGGACCUCGGGCUGGACGUGAUCGACAGCGCAUUCGAGGGGUACAACGCGUGCGUGUUCGCCUACGGACAGACCGGCAGCGGGAAGACCUUCACUAUGAUGGGCUCCUCCGAGUGCCAGGGCCUGAUCCCGCGCAUCUGCCGGCAGCUGUUCUCGCGCGUGGCGGCGGGCAAGGAGUCGGGCGCGUCGUACCGCACCGAGGUGAGCUACCUGGAGAUCUACAACGAGCGCGUGAAGGACCUGCUGGCCGCCGCCGCCGCCGCCGGCCACGCGCUGCGCGUGCGCGAGCAUCCGCGCCUCGGGCCCUACGUGCAGGACCUCUCCAAGCACCUCGUCUCCGACUACGACGACAUACAGGAGUGCAUGCACCGCGGCAACCAGCAGCGGACGACGGCGUCGACGCAGAUGAACGACGUGUCGUCCCGCUCGCACGCCAUCUUCACGAUCACGUUCGUGCAGGCGAGCUACCUGCGCCACAACAACAUGCCCAGCGAGACUGUCUCCAAGGUCCACCUCGUCGACCUGGCCGGCAGCGAGCGCGCGGACGCGACGGGCGCGACGGGGCAGCGGCUGGUGGAGGGCGCGCACAUCAACAAGUCGCUCGUCACGCUCGGCUCCGUCAUCUCCGCGCUCGCAGACUCCUCGCACCACCAGCACCAGCAGCACCAGCAGCACCAGCAGCACCAGCAGCACCAGCUCCAGCAGCCCGCAGAUCGCAACAAAAACAACAAGAAGAACGUGUUCAUCCCGUACCGGGACUCGGUGCUGACGUGGCUGCUGAAGGACUCGCUCGGCGGCAACUCCAAGACCAUCAUGAUCGCAGCGAUAUCGCCAGCGGACUGCAACUACGGCGAGACGCUGUCGACGCUGCGGUACGCGAACCGCGCGAAGAAUAUCAUCAACAAGCCGACCAUCAACGAGGACCCCAACGUCAAGCUCAUCCGCGAGCUGCGCGAGGAGAUCGAGAAGCUGCGCGCGCAGAUCGCGCACAAUACCGAUCCAAUCGAAACGGAACCAGGCAUGCUGGCGACCCUGCAACGGAAAGAAGCCCAAGAGAAAGUCCUCACGGAGAAAUGGACAGAGAAGUGGCGCGAGACGCAGCAGAUCCUGCAGGAACAGAAGGCGCUGGGGUUGAGGAAGAGUGGGCUCGGAGUGGUACUGGACUCGGAUAUGCCGCACCUGGUCGGCAUCGACGACAACCUACUGUCCACUGGAGUGACGCUCUACCAUCUCAAGGAGGGCGAGACGGUGAUCGGCAGCGCGGAGUACCGGCCGACGCCGGACAUCGUGCUGAGCGGCGCGGGCGUGCUGCCGCUGCACUGCCGCGUGACGCUGGCGGGCGGCGUGGCCACGCUGCACCCCGCGCCCGCCGCGCACUGCUGGCUCAACACCGUGCUGCUCGACCGCCCCGCCAAGCUCAGCCAGGGCUGCAUCCUGCUGCUGGGCCGCACAAACAUGUUCCGGUACAACGACCCUGCGGAGGCUGCCAAGCUGCGGCAGGAGGGCAGCGCCUCCGUCAUGAACCUGUCGCGCCUCUCGCUGCUCUCCUGGUCCACCACCGACCUCGCCGCCAGUAACGAAAACCUCAACACCACGCUCUCGGACCUGGAGAGCGAGAUUCGAUGCGAGAGGAUAGAGGCUCAGCGCGCAGAACUGGAGCGAGAGCGGCAACAGUUCCUGCUGCAGCAGGAGGAGCGGCAACGGCGCUGGCACGCCGAGCGGGAGGAGCUGCUGCAGGCGCAACGUAAGCUGGACGAGGAGCGCGAGGCGAUGGAGCGCGAGUAUGCAGCUGCUUGCCGGCGGCUGUCGGGCGACUGGCGCGCGCUGGAACGCGGCUGGACGCACCGCCGCCGCGCGCUGCGCUGCAGGCAGCGCGAGCUGGCCGCGCGCCAGCACCGCCUGCGGGCGCGCGCCGACACGCACCGCGCCACGGCUGAGAGCGAGGAGGGUCAGGUGACAACCCUGAGAAGCAAGGUGGAAGCGAAGAGGACCGCGCUGGAGGACCUGGUCAAGCAGCAGACGAGGGAGCUGCUGGCGAAGGGCUGCAAGUUGGACGAGAGCGCGACGCCGAGUCCCGAGAGCCCGGCUUCGGAGUCCAGUACUGAAUGCUUGAUGCACCUGCUGCAGCAGUGCGAGCCUAAGACUGCUAAGAGCAUCAAGGAUACCGUUGAUAGACAUAAGAAAGAGCUGGUGGAACUGGAGGAGGAGCUGCAGAAGCGCGUGGCGUCGGUGGCGUCGCACCGCGUGAAGAUCGAGCGGCUGCAGGCCGAGCUGGCGCUGCUCAGCACGCAGGACCUCGGCCUGCGCCACGCGCUCGCCGCCGAUCUCAGCCCCACCGCCGUCACCGAGCGGGAAUCUGAGGGUGAGGUGCGUGCCAGCAGCGUGAAGCGCAGCAAGUCCGAGCUGGUGCUGCGCACGCCGCGCCAGGAGUUGGAGCCGCUCUCCGCCGACGAGCGCGAGGAGUUCCACAUGAAGAAGAUGAGCCUAAGCCUCAGUCUGGACCCUCUCACAUCACCAAACUCGACCCUGAACACCUGCGAUACCUUCCACACAGCCAGCAGCAGCUCCCCCAAGCAGUUCCCUCCGUCUCCCACGUCUCCUACUUCCCCCACUGCCACCCCGGCCACCACAUCUACGGCGGAGGCUCUGGACCUUCUAGAACCUCCCCUGCAGCCUCAAUUCAGACUGGGACCAGUGCCAGUGGCCGAUGACAGUGACGACAUGUCCAGCACUGAGGACUAUCAUAAGCCGAGAAUAGUGGAAGGUCAGUCGUCGAGUUCAGUGGAGAGGUCUCCAGACGAAAGGCAUCAAAGGGCCAAAUAUAGGAGAAGGGUUCCAGGCGAGGCCCGGGCGGGCGGGCGGCGGCCGGUGACGGAGGCGGAGGCGCUGCGAGCCAUGCAGCGGCUGUGCUCGCGCAUCGCCGCGCAGAAGAUGCUCGUCAUCUCCUCGCUGGAGAACGACUGCUCCAAGGAGGACCUCAACCGCCAGAUCGCGGUACUGCAAGAGCUGCAAAAGAAGUACGUCCGUCUGGAGAUGGCGCUGCAGUACUCGUUCUUCGACAACCAGAGCGGCGGGCGGCGUGCCAUGAUGGUGACGCCCAUCCAGGAGACGCCGUCGCUGACGCUGUCCGAGAGCGACAUGCUCGUCGCCAGCGACAGCGGCCCCGCGCCGCCGCCGCACCGCAACGGACACCUCGUCGACCCGCUGCUGCACAGAUUAAAAGAGCAAGAGAUCGAAGCAUCAGACAACGUAUCGACGUCGAAUGACGAGCUUCCCACGGAGAAUUCGGAGCUGUGGGACGACCCGUUGCGGCGGCCCGAGCACGAACCAGAGCACGAGCACGACCGCGAGCGCGAGCACGAGCAAGCGAUCAUAGAACAUGUACUGCCGGAUACUACAGUGUCUGCUGGUCUCAUGCAUCCGAUAGAUUUCAGCGCGGUGGUGUCGGUGUGCGGGUGGGUGACGCGCGGCGCCGGGGCCCGCACGCACCAGGAGUACGAGGUGCGCGUGGUGCUGGGCGCGCACUGCCGCUGGCUGCUGCUGCGCCGCUACCGCCGCUUCCGCGACCUCUACCUCUCCAUGCGCCGCGCCUACGGGCCCAAGGUGGCGUCGAUCCCGUUCCCGCCGCGGCAGCUGUGGUCGACGGAGAGCGUGGCGCGUGCGCGGCGCGGCGCGCUGGAGGCGUUCCUGCGGCGGCUGCUGACCGUGUGCUCGGCCGACAGCCGCUGCGUGCUGCACGCCGCGCCGCUCACCAGGGACUCGCUCGUCAGCUUCUCGCCCUUCUUCCGCAAGGUACCAGUACGAGUACCUGCAGCCCGUCCCGCGGCGGCUGCUGACCGUGUGCUCGGCCGACAGUACCAGUACGAGUACCUGCAGCCCGUCCCGCGGCGGCUGCUGACCGUGUGCUCGGCCGACAGCCGCUGCGUGCUGCACGCCGCGCCGCUCACCAGGGACUCGCUCGUCAGCUUCUCGCCCUUCUUCCGCAAGGUACCAGUACGAGUACCUGCAGCCCGUCCCGCGGCGGCUGCUGACCGUGUGCUCGGCCGACAGCCGCUGCGUGCUGCACGCCGCGCCGCUCACCAGGGACUCGCUCGUCAGCUUCUCGCCCUUCUUCCGCAAGCCGCUGCGUGCUGCACGCCGCGCCGCUCACCAGGGACUCGCUCGUCAGCUUCUCGCCCUUCUUCCGCAAGGUACCAGUACGAGUACCUGCAGCCCGUCCCGCGGCGGCUGCUGACCGUGUGCUCGGCCGACAGCCGCUGCGUGCUGCACGCCGCGCCGCUCACCAGGGACUCGCUCGUCAGCUUCUCGCCCUUCUUCCGCAAGGUACCAGUACGAGUACCUGCAGCCCGUCCCGCGGCGGCUGCUGACCGUGUGCUCGGCCGACAGCCGCUGCGUGCUGCACGCCGCGCCGCUCACCAGGGACUCGCUCGUCAGCUUCUCGCCCUUCUUCCGCAAGCCGCUGCGUGCUGCACGCCGCGCCGCUCACCAGGGACUCGCUCGUCAGCUUCUCGCCCUUCUUCCGCAAGGUACCAGUACGAGUACCUGCAGCCCGUCCCGCGGCGGCUGCUGACCGUGUGCUCGGCCGACAGCCGCUGCGUGCUGCACGCCGCGCCGCUCACCAGGGACUCGCUCGUCAGCUUCUCGCCCUUCUUCCGCAAGGUACCAGUACGAGUACCUGCAGCCCGUCCCGCGGCGGCUGCUGACCGUGUGCUCGGCCGACAGCCGCUGCGUGCUGCACGCCGCGCCGCUCACCAGGGACUCGCUCGUCAGCUUCUCGCCCUUCUUCCGCAAGCCGCUGCGUGCUGCACGCCGCGCCGCUCACCAGGGACUCGCUCGUCAGCUUCUCGCCCUUCUUCCGCAAGGUACCAGUACGAGUACCUGCAGCCCGUCCCGCGGCGGCUGCUGACCGUGUGCUCGGCCGACAGCCGCUGCGUGCUGCACGCCGCGCCGCUCACCAGGGACUCGCUCGUCAGCUUCUCGCCCUUCUUCCGCAAGGUACCAGUACGAGUACCUGCAGCCCGUCCCGCGGCGGCUGCUGACCGUGUGCUCGGCCGACAGCCGCUGCGUGCUGCACGCCGCGCCGCUCACCAGGGACUCGCUCGUCAGCUUCUCGCCCUUCUUCCGCAAGCCGCUGCGUGCUGCACGCCGCGCCGCUCACCAGGGACUCGCUCGUCAGCUUCUCGCCCUUCUUCCGCAAGGUACCAGUACGAGUACCUGCAGCCCGUCCCGCGGCGGCUGCUGACCGUGUGCUCGGCCGACAGCCGCUGCGUGCUGCACGCCGCGCCGCUCACCAGGGACUCGCUCGUCAGCUUCUCGCCCUUCUUCCGCAAGGUACCAGUACGAGUACCUGCAGCCCGUCCCGCGGCGGCUGCUGACCGUGUGCUCGGCCGACAGCCGCUGCGUGCUGCACGCCGCGCCGCUCACCAGGGACUCGCUCGUCAGCUUCUCGCCCUUCUUCCGCAAGCCGCUGCGUGCUGCACGCCGCGCCGCUCACCAGGGACUCGCUCGUCAGCUUCUCGCCCUUCUUCCGCAAGGUACCAGUACGAGUACCUGCAGCCCGUCCCGCGGCGGCUGCUGACCGUGUGCUCGGCCGACAGCCGCUGCGUGCUGCACGCCGCGCCGCUCACCAGGGACUCGCUCGUCAGCUUCUCGCCCUUCUUCCGCAAGGUACCAGUACGAGUACCUGCAGCCCGUCCCGCGGCGGCUGCUGACCGUGUGCUCGGCCGACAGCCGCUGCGUGCUGCACGCCGCGCCGCUCACCAGGGACUCGCUCGUCAGCUUCUCGCCCUUCUUCCGCAAGCCGCUGCGUGCUGCACGCCGCGCCGCUCACCAGGGACUCGCUCGUCAGCUUCUCGCCCUUCUUCCGCAAGGUACCAGUACGAGUACCUGCAGCCCGUCCCGCGGCGGCUGCUGACCGUGUGCUCGGCCGACAGCCGCUGCGUGCUGCACGCCGCGCCGCUCACCAGGGACUCGCUCGUCAGCUUCUCGCCCUUCUUCCGCAAGGUACCAGUACGAGUACCUGCAGCCCGUCCCGCGGCGGCUGCUGACCGUGUGCUCGGCCGACAGCCGCUGCGUGCUGCACGCCGCGCCGCUCACCAGGGACUCGCUCGUCAGCUUCUCGCCCUUCUUCCGCAAGCCGCUGCGUGCUGCACGCCGCGCCGCUCACCAGGGACUCGCUCGUCAGCUUCUCGCCCUUCUUCCGCAAGGUACCAGUACGAGUACCUGCAGCCCGUCCCGCGGCGGCUGCUGACCGUGUGCUCGGCCGACAGCCGCUGCGUGCUGCACGCCGCGCCGCUCACCAGGGACUCGCUCGUCAGCUUCUCGCCCUUCUUCCGCAAGGUACCAGUACGAGUACCUGCAGCCCGUCCCGCGGCGGCUGCUGACCGUGUGCUCGGCCGACAGCCGCUGCGUGCUGCACGCCGCGCCGCUCACCAGGGACUCGCUCGUCAGCUUCUCGCCCUUCUUCCGCAAGCCGCUGCGUGCUGCACGCCGCGCCGCUCACCAGGGACUCGCUCGUCAGCUUCUCGCCCUUCUUCCGCAAGGUACCAGUACGAGUACCUGCAGCCCGUCCCGCGGCGGCUGCUGACCGUGUGCUCGGCCGACAGCCGCUGCGUGCUGCACGCCGCGCCGCUCACCAGGGACUCGCUCGUCAGCUUCUCGCCCUUCUUCCGCAAGGUACCAGUACGAGUACCUGCAGCCCGUCCCGCGGCGGCUGCUGACCGUGUGCUCGGCCGACAGCCGCUGCGUGCUGCACGCCGCGCCGCUCACCAGGGACUCGCUCGUCAGCUUCUCGCCCUUCUUCCGCAAGGUACCAGUACGAGUACCUGCAGCCCGUCCCGCGGCGGCUGCUGA